CAGUGCGCUGUGUCCCUCGGACACAGUGGAUCACCGAUCACAGAAGGAACCGAAGAUGUUGGCUCGGUCAUUGUGCCGAUGAUUAGUGUAUGCCACCUGUCAGUGUCCAUCAGUGCCUUAUGUCAGUGCUCAUCAGUGCCUCGUGCCAGUGCCCAUCAGUGCCUACCAGUGCACAUCAUACAUAUCAGUGCCCAUCUGAGCUGCCUUUCAGUGCCUCCCAUCAGUGCCGCCUAUCAGUGCCAUGUAUCAGUGCUGCCUUUCAGUGCCCAUCAGUGAUGCCUGUCAAUGCCCAUCAGUGCCACCUACCAGUGCCUCCUCAUCAGUACCCAUCAGUGCAGCCUAUCAGUGCCCAUCAGUGC